AUGGCGCCCUCAGUCUACAUCCUCUUCCACCGCGACAGCGACGUCAGCGGCACCUCGACCAUCGUCUCCGUCUUCUCCGAGCUCCAAGACGCCAACGCCGCCUGCCUGCAACAAGCCGCCGAGGCCAAGGUCGAGCCCAAGAUCCAGGUGCCCCGCGAGCCGCUCCGCUGGGAGGCCCCCGACGGCACCGCCUGCUGGGUCGAGAAGCACGCCGUCGUGCCCCGCAAGACGCUCAACCCCGUGCGGCCCGAGAGCCCCAAGCGCAAGGACAGCAGCCUGUACGAUAACGACGAGGAUGAUGUCAUUGAGGUGCAGGACCAGGAUGGUCACUACGACUAA